GGGGAAUAAAGCGUUUAAAAAUGUGUAUACGCGUUCACUUUGGACAAGUUUAAAAGUUCAUGAUGGUGGUAGUAGUUAUGCUAAAAGUGUUAGUUAUGCUCAACAUCUUCAAAGAAGAAACUUGAACCAAGAUACUAAUGCUGCAGGUGUAUGGGAUCCUUUUCCGGCUGAAACAGCAUUAGAGGAAGAUAAUGAUCAUCCAAAAGCCAAAAAGCAAAAAGAACCACAGCAUAAACAAAAAACUGGAUUUGCGUCACUUAUGUCACCACGCGUUAUGGAUGCAGUAUUAACAACUGUAAUGGGAUUAGCAGCUGUGGGACUCGGUGGUGUAUUCUAUCAGACAUGGUAUGAAUGGAGCGAAGUGCAUAAAGUAUUAUUGGCUUUCACAAAUAAAUCACCAUUAUUGAAAUCACGACUCAGCGAUAAUUAUUUCCCAGACGGGGAGAAAGAUAGAAUUAAUCGUGUUGUAGCUGGGCAAACUCAAUCUAAAUAUUAUUUACUGGUUGGUGAAAAAGGAACCGGGAAAACGCAAUUGGUUUUGAAUGCAAUGGAUAGAAUUGGACAUUAUGGUGUGGUAUUUUGCGAGGCACAUUCUGAUAGUGAGGUCUUUAAGGCGAGGCUCGGAAAAGCGUUGAAUUAUACUUAUCGAGAGGAUUAUGUUGGAGGAUUAUUUGCAAGAGAGGCUCCAGAAAGAGGAUCCGCAUUGCUUGAUGUCGAGAAAGCUCUUAAUAUGGUGGAAAUUGUUGCAUAUGAUUAUUUGAAAAGAAAAGGGAGACCUUUAGUGUUGAUUAUUAAUAAUAUUCACGCAUUUAAAGAUGACGAAGAUGGCACCGACUUAUUAGAAUUAAUUCAACAGCGUGCAGAAGCUUGGGCUGCUUCAAGGAUUGUGACGAUGGUCUUCAACACGGAUGAUUAUUCGGUGUAUGAGCGAAUGAAAAGAGAUGCUUCUCGAAUGGAGGUUAUAAGAAUAUCCGACCUUAGUUAUGAAAUGGCUGUAAAAUAUCUAAAAAGUCGACGCACAAAAAAUAAUUUUCAUGAAUCUGAUGAGGUGAUUGAAAGAAUUGUUCGCGAUCGUGUUGGGGGACGCCUCUCUUUCUUAAAUCGAUUAGCAAGGGCAUCGGAUCUUGAGCAUACGAUACAAACUAUCGAAGAAGAAGAAUAUACGUGGAUUGUCAACACGAUUGGUCUGAUACCCGAUUUCGAAGAAUCCGAAUUCGACGAACAAAAAUAUGCAGCCGCCGCAUGGAAACUAAUUCGUGCAAUAGUGCGGUCGCCCACCAAAGCUAUACCACUAAACGAGUGCCGUGUUAUUACCGGAAAUUCGCGUUUCCUUCGACAAAUGGAUCACGAUGGAAUUGUGGUGAUUGACAUACAGAAUAACGUAAAAGCCGAUUCGAAAAUUCUAUGGAACAUUUUUAACAAGAUUGUGAAUAGCGAGGAUUUCGAUGAUAAGUUGCAGAAUGUGCUUGAUCGAGUGGAGGAGGUGGAUAAAGAGCAACGAACUAGAGAGUUGAUCUGGAGUCGGAAAAAUGAUCAAGUUGUUCGAUGGGGCUCAGAGAAAAAAUCCGGAUGGUUUUUCUGA